AUGGGAGAAACUAUAGAGGGAUUGACUCGCGACGCAAAACACAUUUUAAAUGUGACAUCUCACAUUGAGCAGGAAGAACAAACAUCGCCAUCUACAAUUAUCUACAAUUAUGGACUAAUAAGAUUUAAUAACAAUGGGAAUUGUGACGUUGAUAAGUAUUGUCAAAUUAAAGCAUGCGAAGCCAUAAGCUGUUCUAGGAUAAAAAUUUGUGGAAAUUUCGAUCCAGGAGAAGCAAUCAGUAUUUUUAUCGAAAAAAUUUUCAAGGUCAAGUGCAGUUCGAAAAGUAGCAUAAACUUGAUACUCGAAAAAUCGACAUUUUCUGAUAACAAGCUUCAGGAAAAUUGGUUGAAAAUAAAAGAUAUAGAGAUCGUGGAAUUAAUUCUGACUAACUGCCUUCUGACUACGUUAAGCGACGGAGCAUUUUCUUCAUCGAUAUUUAACAGAAUGAGAAAAUUACAACUGCAAGAUAAUAACAUAUCUAUUUUAAAGAAAGCCACAUUUGAUCAUCUUCCAAACCUGGAAAAGUUCUCUAUCGUGAAUAACGAGAUAAAAGAAGCCGAGAAAAAUUUACUUCAAAACGUUAAAAAAAAUCUGGCAACUAUCGAACUCGAGAAUGCUAUCACUGACACUGAAGUUCUUCGGAAUAUCACGGGAGGAGAAAACGAUUUAUUUAAUGUAAAACUGUUAGCAUUACGGUACAAUCGUAUCACGAUUCUCGACUAUCGACUCUUCACUGGUGUGCCUAAUAUAGAGAGUUUGUACUUACAUUUUUCGAAUAUAGAGACUGUUAGUGGCGCGGAUACAUUCAAACCGAUCUCCGGAAGUAUAAAACAGAUAUUUAUAAACAACAACAGAAUCACUACUUUGCCUGAAGGCUUAUUCGACUUUAUAAAGCAGAACUCUUCUUUCUUCGAGCUGUCAAUCCACGACAAUUGGUGGCAUUGCGAUUGCAGCCUCAAAUGGAUGCAAGACUUGAUGAUACAACAUUCGGGAAUAGUGAAAAAUAUCCCAACCUGCAAAACGCCCAGAGAAAAAAACAAUCAAUCUUUCCUUGAGGUGAAUUUUUGCGAUCAAACAAAGACGACUGAGACAAGUUCUAGUAAUACGACACACAGUAGUGUAACAUCGACAUCUCACGACAUUUCAACGAGCAGUUCAUAUCAUUCGACUACAGAGAUGCCCAAUUAUCGUCCUGUCGACUAUCACGUGAUUAUCCCCGUCUUUGUCAGCUCAUUGAUAGUUAUGGGUUUUUUGAGCGCAUUGUUAAUGUUCGUCAUAGUGCGACGACAUCCUACAAUAUUGCGAGGAAGCAAACGAAUCGUUAUAGUAAAGCGCGAAAUCCCGGACGUCAUGAUACUGCCGAAAGGAGUUUCGAGUGAUGCUAUCGAAUCCAUGAACAAGAACACGAUAUCCACAAUAUCGCGGAACUUGAAGGAGGAUGAAUACAUCGUACCCCUGCCACCAAUACGAAAUCCAACACGUAAGAAUUCGAGAAGUUCGGCGUCGAGUGUACCAAGUGAUACGAGUUACAUUUCCAGCAUUGAGCCGACCUUGUCACAGCUGGACUCAUGGCAACUCAAAAGAUCCAAGUAUACAAGCCGAGAAACCGAAUCGCCACCUUUACCGCCCUAUCCGCAUCCUAAUAUCGCGCAACCGUUAUCGAUAGUACUAGACAUGGACGAGAAUGAUUUCAAUUCUUGUACGGUGUAA